AUGAUUUAUAAAAUUUUUCAAUAACUAUGUCUACAAGAUUGAAUAUAAUUAGAUCCCCGAAAUUUUUUGAUAAGAAACUCAAGAAUGCAAUCGCAAAAACAGAAUAUUUUAAAGAAAAUAUUGAAAAAAAUAGAGCCUUUAAAAGAUCAAGUGUAUUAGUCAUAUCUUGCAAUAAAAAAUAUAUGAAUCAUUAUUACAAUCAAACAUAUUCUAAAUAUAAAGAAAUGCCACUUGCCUCUAUUGGGUGGGGAAAUACAAAAUCAAAAGGAGAUGUAUUUACAAUUAAUUGUUAUGAAAAGAAUCCAGCAUAUAUGACAAAAGAUAAUACUGAAAAACUGGUCAACUAUGAUUUUGAAAAAGCAGGUGAGCUUUUUGAUGAUAAUGGUCAUUUAUUGUCUAAAGUUGAUGAUAAAGCUCAGCAGAUACAAACAAAUUUAAAUAGUAAUAAUUUUGACCUACUUCAUUCAAAGAUUAAACAAAUUCUGACUUCUUUAAACAUCAAAAUACCAACGAAAAUUCAAUCAUCAUCAAUUCCAUUGCUAAUAGAAGAUAAAAAUAUUCUCAUGACUGCAGAAACUGGUAGUGGAAAAACUUUUGCAUAUCUUUUACCUACUUUAAAUAAAAUUAUCAAUGAUCAUAUUAAAUGGGAACAAAAGUGUUUAUCAAACUUAAAAAAUUUAGAAAUAAAUAAAGAAUUUAAUUUCAUUUUACCCAUGACAAUUAUCUUGUUGCCCUCAAAGGAAUUAUGUGCACAAAUAACCAAUGUUGCGGAAAGAUUUGCCAAUCCACUUGGCUUAAGAAUAAUAAAAUUUGCCAGUGGCUCCUUAUAUGACAAUAUUAACCUUUUAAAUUCAUCAGAUGCUGAAAAAUAUCGUCGGAAUCUAGUCCACCUCCUUGUCACCACUCCAGAGCUUUUGCUAAAGGUAAGCGAUCCCAAAAAGUUCUACAAUAUAUGUCGUCCUAAACAAAGUUCGCACUCCUCCUCGAAAUUCGUUCCUACCGAGUCCCAAUCCUCAAUAUCGGAUCAUUCCGGGACAACGGGACACGGCGAAAUGGAGUCGAGGAACGAAAAAAUGAUCGCACCGAAAGUCGCUCGCAUAAACGCGUUUUACUUUGACAGGGAUAGUGCCACGACGAUCAUCUUCGACGAGGCCGACACCUUAUUCGACGAUUCCUUUGAACCCAUGACCCAGAACUUCAUAUCUCGGAGAUCUGACGCACCCGGUCACUCGCCUCAAUUGAUAUUCGUAGGAGCGACUAAACCUAUGGGUCUCAACGAUAUAUUGACCGAUUUCGAGCUAAAGGAUAUUUCUUCGAAACCCCGUUAUCAUCAUACUGCCAAUCUCGAAGAGGCCGACGACAACGUUAGCGCACAAAAUUCCAGCGUUAUAAAUUGCGUUCAAACUGGGCAGGUUCACAAGGUUAUGCCCCACGUGACCCAAAAGUUUUUCCGGCUCAUAAAUCCGGAUAAGCCGGGAAGAUUGUUGAAGGAUUUGAAGAAGCAUUUGGUGGAGGAGCGACAGACCCAUUUAAACCAAUCGAAUCACGAGAAAAAGGUAAAAACUUUCAGAGGAAUCGUGUCCGAUCAUCCCGCGAAUGUCGCCGAUGAGCGGGUUUCGCGAAUAAUAACCACUCCUCCCGUUACCAUGGUGUUUUGCCAAACUCACGAGACCGUAGAUUGGUUGAUGAACUUUUUAGCGGAAAAUCUUCGAAAUUGGGGGUUCUACGCUAAAUACGGUUCCGCAGAGCUAUGUCAAAAUUCCGAAAGGUCUAAAACUGCUUAUAUACCUAUCGUUAAAGCGAUGGAAGCGUUUCACGGGAAAAUGGAUUACCUCACUAGAGAUACCAUUUUUAGGCGUUUUUUCUCCAAGGACACUGAUAUAUACCAAGAUCUCACUUCUAAAAGUAAUCCAAAAGAUCCCCGAUUAAAUUUAAACCUCAAAAGCCCUUUCGCCGCGGUUCCCCUCGUAUACCUCAUAACCACCGACGUAAUGUCUCGCGGUCUGGACACGACGCACGUGAACAGGGUCAUAAAUUACGAUUUCCCGAAUUACAUUUCAGAUUACAUUCACAGGAUAGGGCGCGUCGGGAGAUGCUCCGUUAAUACCGCCAGUGUUAACGAUAUUCUAAAUAAUCAUACCAAUUUGGUGCUCAAUUACGUUAGCUCGCCCAGGGAAGCGAGAUUGGUGCAGUUAAUCGAAGAAGCCGUCAGAAAAAACAAACCGCUAUAUAACGUUAACGCGAAUAUCAAAAGAAAAAUAUCAUCGUUAAACGAAAAUAAACAAGAACCGCACUAAUUUUAUUUAUUAUAAAUAAUAGAUUGAUGGAUGUCAAUAAAAAAAUCUAU